AUGUCUAAUAUCGAAAACGAAAAAAGAAAAGUUAAUGGCUCAAUAAUUAGUACACUGUACGUACCAACAAACAAAAUGCUGGAUAAAACGCAUCCAAGGUCUCCUAUUUAUAAAUUUUUUAGAAAGGUUUUUUGGUUAUAUUAUAUACAUCUACCAUGUAUUGUAUUGAGUAAUGCGGACGCCGUCAUGGUUUAUACUAUAUUUAAUUUGAUCAUAUUUUUCAGUACCUAUAGUGUUUGUAAACACCUUUAUAAGUUGAUAAUUUAA